AUGGGUCUUCUUCUAGCAGAAUCUCUGCCAUUUCGCGGACCCCUGCUAAUCACAACAGCCAAAAUUCUGACAUCCCUGGCACUUAUUUUUACAUCAUGUUUCCGAUCAUCUGCUUCCGCCAACUCAAAAUGGAUUGCCGGUCCCAAGGGCAAAGCUUUCAAAGGAAGUGUGCAAGAGCUUCAGACCGGAGGUGCUGCCAGCUGCAAGGCUUGGUUCUCUCUUUACCAGCAAUACGGACCGGCCUAUGAGAUGACAAUCCCUUUCUUUCGCUUACAUAUCAUCAACCAUCCAACCUAUCUCGAACAUAUUCAAAAGCAUAACAGUAAAAACUACAUUCGCGGGGCAUUUACGCGGAACGCGUUUCAGAGCCUUCACCGGUCCAGCAUUUUCAUCUCAGAUGGCCCCGCGUGGCACCUGCAACGAAAAGCUGCAACAAAGGCAUUUAGCAAGGCAAAUUUUGAGAAACAUAUCACUCGAUCGCUUCACUAUUGGCUUGACAUGUUGAUGAAAUUGCUAUCUAAUCUGGAGAGAGAGAAUCAGGAAUUCGACUUUCAAGAACUAAUGGGCCGCCUCAUGUUCUGUCUAUUCCUUCAGGUUGCAUUUCACGAAGAGAAGAUGGCUUUGGAAAUUCUAUCUGAAGAUCCGAAGUCCCUCGCAUCGAAGCCGGUAUAUGUUGAGGCUUUCGAUAAUGCUCUCUACUUAUUCGACCGAAGGCGACGUGACCCUCUGUGGAAAUUCAACGAAAGGUUGUCCGGCGAGGAUAAGAUCAGCCAACACGCCGUCGGUCUCUUCUACGAACAGAUAGAUGGUCUAAUUCAGAGGCGCCUUGACGCGAUGAACUCUGGUUACAAGCCUGACCCCAAUGCCGGCGUUGAUCUCUUAGACCUCUUCAUACAGUCGACUCAAGAUCGAUAUACGCUCGGUGGCAUGGUAUUUGCUUUUCUCUCAGCAGGCCGGGACACAACUGCCUACACUAUCUCGUGGCUCAUGAAAGAAAUCCAUCACGACGACAACAAGCAUCUCGAUGCCCUCAACAAAAUCAGAACGGAGGUUGAAGACCAUGGUUUUGCAACUAGCUUCCUCGGUUAUGGUGAUACCCCGAAGCUGCAAUUCAUGAAUGCAAUGUGGGACGAGAAUGCGCGCCUCAAUACGGUAUCUCCUGCUGGCCAGAUGGAGGCAGCAGACGAUGAUAUCCUUCCGGCAGUUCCAGAAUUGAAUAUGCCUCCGAGACGUGUCAAAAAGGGGGAUAUCGUGAGCUACCAAAAUUAUGUCAUUUCUCGCAUGCCACAGGUAUGGGGAGAGGAUGCCGCUGUCUUCAACCCAUCGAGAUGGUUUAAAGAGAAUGGGGAAAGCAUAUCCCAUGGUCCUUUCAGUGAGUCGUGA